AUGGUGGUAGUCAUGGAGACUCAGGGUGCCCAGAACUUCUUCCAGCCGUUUUCUUCCUGGAUAUCCCGCGUUUAUGAAGCUCUCCAGCAUGCAGGAGAUACAUUAUCUGCUUCACUGGUUCCUCUGAGCAAACAAGACUCUGCAUUGAGUGACAAGCUGGACCAGGACAUAGAUGAUAUUCAAGAAAUUUAUUCUGAAGAUGAAGAACCAGGACAAGACAAUGACUGGAAUCAAGAGCCUAUAAAUUCCUUGCUUCUUGAGGCGGAUCAUUUCUUAUGUGAUAGUGAUGUGCAAGACUCUGUCCAAAUGUCAAGCUCCAGCCUUAGCCAACAUGCCAAAGACUCACGUUCUGUAAAAUCCCAGGGGCCUUUUCAGAUUCUGGAAGACCCAGGACUCCCACAUGUGCUUGCUUCUGUUCCUGAGGAAGAGCAAUGUCUUGAGGAAACAAGGAAGGACCUUCCAGGCUGCCUUGAUGCCCAGCUUCCUGGCUCGCUAGAAAAAGUUAAUGGAAAAAGGCAAGUUGACAGCUUUGGGGAUGGUGAAGAAGCAUCGACAUCUUCUGAGAGUGAUGAGGACGUGAUCAAACAAUUUGAGAUUUCGGUGUCGCGAUCCCAGAGUUUCCGUGCAGCAUCUGAGAAGGGAAAGACAACAGAAUUGAACCAGAAACUCAAAUGCAGCCGUUUGCUCUCAAGCCAUGAAGAAGACAGCACAGAAGCAGGUGUGUACGGAGACUUGGAUGGUGCCAACCAACUGAGUUAUUCUGAGAUAACAUCUUAUGAAGAUCACCCCAUCUCUACUCCCUCGCAGUCCCCAUGCAAGAGCGGGGAGAUUAGAGCCCAUGGAUCCUCUCACCAAGAUACUAGUGUGGCUCGAAACCUCCAUCGACAGUCUACCAAUGGCAGCUUGGAGGUGGAAACCACCUUUAACAACCGGGGCUUCGAGGAUUCCUACGCCACAGACAGCUCCUCUGUGUGGAGUCCAGAGGAGCAGGAUGGGUCCAGUCUGCAGGUGCCAUCCAGGAUCUUGGAGCCCAUCUCGAAGUGCGGUGACCUCGAUGUCAUCUUUGAAUAUAGAGCUGUGACCCAGAAGCUCACAGUAACCAUUGUGAGAGCACAGGGCCUCCCAGAUAAGGACCGAAGUGGUGUCAACUCCUGGCAAGUUCAUGUUGUGUUGCUGCCGAGUAAGAAACAGAGGGGCAGGACGAGCAUACAGAGAGGACCCAACCCUGUCUUCAAGGAGAAGAUCACCUUUGCCAAGCUGGAGCCCAGAGAUGUGGCUGCCUGUGCUGUCCGCUUCCGCCUCUAUGCUGCUCGGAAGAUGACCCGAGAGAGAAUGAUGGGAGAGAAGCUGUUCUAUCUCAGCCACUUGCACCAAGAAGGAGAAAUGAAAGUGACUUUGGUUCUGGAGCCAAGAAGUAAUCUAAGUAGUGGAGAGUCUUCGCUCAGCCCAUCUGCGGUUUCUCACAGUGAUAGUGCUUCAUCCACGCAGUCCCUGUCUCAUGGAGGGGCGCCAGAGCUCUUGGUGGGGCUGUCUUACAAUGCCACAACGGGCCGAUUAUCUGUGGAAAUGAUCAAAGGCAGCCAUUUCCGAAACCUCGCUGUCAACCGAGCUCCUGAUACAUAUGGAAAACUCUUUCUUCUUAACUCUGUGGGCCAAGAGAUGUCCCGCUGCAAGACGUCCAUUCGACGUGGUCAGCCCAAUCCCGUGUACAAGGAGACCUUUGUUUUCCAGGUGGCCCUCUUCCAGCUUUCUGAUGUCACCUUGAUGAUUUCCAUUUAUAACAGGCGUGCGAUGAAGCGGAAAGAGAUGAUUGGCUGGGUUGCUCUGGGCCAGAACAGCAGUGGAGAAGAGGAACAGGAUCACUGGGAGGAAAUGAAGGAAAUCAAAGGCCAGCAGAUCUGCAGAUGGCAUACUUUGCUGGAAUCCUAG